UAAACUUGGGAGAGAGAAUUUGAAAUGGUAUUUGAGGCAAAUUGUGAGCUCAUAGUUCACUGCGUGUAGCCUUGUGCAACGGAGAGACCGAUUGCUUCUAACAAAUCCAUGCGUUUGAGUUCUUCAAACCGAAUCGAACUACAGAGAGAUCGAACAUGUUGGGCGGUAUAUUUGGGCUUGGAUUUAGCGCCAAAUGUAAAUCGUUGAUUAAGCCGAUAAGAGCACGAAUCGAUGCGCGGCGGAAGGGGAAUGAGGCGACGGAGCGGUUUCUGAAGAACAAUCUCGCUCAGCUACUCGCUAACCGCCACUAUUGCAAAGCCUACGAAAAGACAGAAGAAUAUAUCACUGAACUGAACUGCUUGUUACGCUAUGACUUCAUUGAGGAGGCCUGUGUACACAUAUUAAAACAGCUUUCAGCUAUGCAGAAACGAAGUGAAUGCCCCGACGAAUGCAUAGAGCCGGUGGGGACCCUGGUGUAUGCUGCCGGAAAAUUUCCUGAUUUUCUUGAAUUACGUAUGCUCAGGGAUACAUUCAAGGAGAGAUACGGAAAAUCUUUGGAACGUUUUGUAAAUCAGGAGUUUGUUUCGAAUUUAGCCUCCAAGCCUACGGUAGAGAAGAAAAUCAAGGCGUUGGAAGACAUAGCAUUGGAGUUUUCGAUAAAAUGGGACUCGGAGGAUCUUAAACAGAAGUUGGCUAAUCCCUCUGCCUCUGGGGACUCCAAGGGUUCUGAACAGAAAAUGGCUAAUCCUUAUGCCUCUGGGGACUCCGAGGGUUCUGAACAGAAAAUGGCUUAUCCCUGUGCAUCUGAACUCAGGAUGACUAAUCCCUCUGCAUCUUGGGAUUCCAGGGUUUUUGAACAGAUGUUGGUCAAUCCCUCUGCAACUGCACAAGUCCAACCUAAGAGGCACGGACCCUUUCACUACGAAGACGAUACAGAGAAAUCACCCAAGGAGACGGAAACUCUCACGAUAAUAUAUAAACGAAUGACUUCGUCGAAAGAUAGGAAUGAGCUUGCUGGCGACAAAUACAGAGUGAACGUAGGCUGCAGGGAUGUAAAUCUCUCAGAAAGCGAAAAGUUGGACCAACGGUACUCAAGAAGUGAAGAUUUAACUCGUAAGGGUCGACUAUCCAUAGGUAGCGGACUAUCCUCAGGUAGCGAACAAUCUAGCCCAACGAGAGACAACUAUGACAUUAUCCCCCGAUCAAGAGGGAAAUUCACUCAGUUUAACAAUGAAUUAUGGUCAUCAACUGGGAAGGAGGAAUCUGCUGCAAAGAUAAAUGGAAAAAGGACCGAAUUCGCCAAUGGGAGAUAUGCUCCCGUGAGGCGCACAACGAUAGUUUGAACCCUGGAAACGAUUACGGUCAACCGCACACUGCAAACAUGACGAGCAAAGUUCAGGAGGAAGAGAGGGAUACGUUGAAGCCGUAUUCCAGUAAAUUGUUUGUGGUUUGAACUUAUCAGUAUCCUAUAAACUGUGUAAUUUUUUUGUUUUUGCUCUAUAUGUUAUCUUGGAUACGAGUUCAUCCGGCAUUUGGAACGGAAAUAAGAACGCGAUACAUAAUGUGUACUAAAUUGUAGUGCAAUAUCGGUCGAUCGAUAUAGAUUGAGAUUACAAUGCAGUAAUGUACUUUUUUGAGUGAUAACAUUCA